AUGUUUUGUCUAUGUCCAAAUCGAUUAUGUCAAUGUUGUACAAAAUUUUCACGUGAUUUUCGUACAUUUAUUAGCCAGGGUAAUAUUUUGAAUUUAGCUGUUGGUUUUAUUCUUGGUCAAGCAUUUACUAAUGUUGUACAAUCGUUUGUUAAUGAUAUUCUAACACCACCAUUCGGUUUAUUAUUUGAUAAUGUUGAUUUUUCUAAUUUAACGAUAAAGAUGUUUCAUUUUUAUCGAAAUGAAACAACACCGGUUUUAUUACGUUAUGGAUUAUUUACACAACAAAUAUUACAUUUUCUUUUAGUUGGAUUUUAUUUGUAUCUUAUUGUUACGUGUAUUAAUAAAGUAAGAAGGUGGAAAGAAAAAAUGAUUUAUCAAAGACUUCAGAAUGAAGAACAACAACCAGUCGAGGGAGAAACGACUGAACAAAUUCAACCGACUGUUGAAGAUGAAAAUACAAAAGUCUUAAAAGAAAUAAGAGAUUUAUUAUUAUUAAUAAAAGUUAAAAUAGACGCUUAA